AUGACAUCAAAAAUCCAUUUACAAAAUGUCCAAGGAUUCCAGGACAAGAAGAAGAAUCUGCUGAGACCUGGAGCCAAAACAAAUGUCUUCUGUCCCUUAUUUUGUCGCUGUGAUGAAAGAAAGCAACGAGAGCAGAAAGCCGGUGCCAAGGAGUGGGGCCAUUGUUGUGGUAAAUUUGAUCAUGUAGAGCAGCCUUUGGAACGGGUUUGUAAGAGAAAUGUGGAGGAGCUCGAUGCUGUGAGAGUGAAAAGUGGGACAGAAAGUUGUGGAAAAUAUGCAGUUUGCGAGAGUGGGUUUAAGGCUACAGUCAAGGAAACAGACAAAGCUCUGUGGUCAAAACAGGGAUUCCCCAGAUAUCUCAGAAAAUUGGUGUUUGAUUUUCAUGGCUCUCCAACUGUCUGUGGUAAAUAUUCUUCAGAGGAUGGUGUAGGCAAGAGUGGAAGUCAGUCUAGGGUAUCACUAACCUGCAGGAACCCAGAAAAGCCCACACCUAGCAAUAAUGCUGUCCUCCUGGCAGAGGUGUGGCUGGUGACCAGUGAGAACAGCAGCUCCCAUUCACCAAAGGCCCAGGCAGAGUUGGAGUCUUGGGAUCCUCAGAACCAUACUUGGGAGGAGAAUUCAUGGACUGUCCCUGGUGAUGAGGAAGAAGAAGAUUUGCUGAAGACUAGCCAGCAGCAGCUCUCCAAUGAGACUUCCAACUUUGGAUUCAGCCUGCUUCGGAAGAUCUCCAUGAGGCAUGACGGCAACGUGAUCUUUUCACCGUUUGGUCUGUCUGUGGCUAUGGUAAGCUUGAUGCUGGGAGCCAAGGGAGAGACCAAAGUCCAGGUGGAGAAUGGACUUCACCUGCAGGCCCUGAGCCAGGCAGGACCCCUGAUCCUCCCAUCCCUCUUCAAAAGGUUCAGGGAGACCCUCUCCAGCAACCAGGAGCUGGACCUCGCCCAGGGUAGCUUUGCCUUCAUCCACAAGGACUUUGAUAUCAAAGAGACCUAUCUCAAUCUAUCCAAGAAGUAUUUUGAUACAGAGUGUGUGCCUACAAAUUUUCGAAAUUCCUCACAGGCCAGAGGGCUCAUGAACCACUACAUCAACAAAGAGACUCGGGGGAAAAUUCCCAAGCUCUUUGAUGAGAUUAAUCCCGAAACGAAGUUAAUUCUGGUGCACUACAUCUUCUUCAAAGGGAAGUGGAUGACUCCAUUUGACCCCGCCUUCACCGAGACUGACACUUUCCACCUGGACAAAUACAAGGCAGUUAAGGUGCCCAUGAUGUACCGGGAAGGCAACUUUGCCUCAACCUUUGAUACAAAGUUCCAUUGUCACAUCCUCAAACUGCCCUACCAAGGAAAUGCCACCAUGCUAGUGGUCCUCAUGGAGAAAACAGGUGACCACUUGGCCCUGGAGGACUACCUGACCAUUGAUCUUGUGGAGACAUGGCUCCAGAAUAUGAAAACCAGGAAGAUGGAGGUUUUCUUUCCCAAGUUCAAGCUGGACCAGAGGUAUGAGAUGCAUCAGCUGCUCCAGCAGAUGGGAAUCAGGAGAGUCUUCUCCACCUCAGCUGACCUCAGCGAACUCUCAGCCUUGGCAAGAAAUCUUCAGGUGUCCAAGGUUUUACAGCAAUCAGUGCUUGAGGUGGAUGAAAGAGGAACCGAAGCAGUGACUGGGACACUGUCAGAGAUUGUCGCUUACUCUAUGCCUCCUGUCAUCAAAGUGAACCGACCUUUUCAUUUCAUGAUCUAUGAGGAGAUAUCCAGGAUGCUUCUGUUUCUGGGCAGGGUGGUGAACCCCACUGUCCUGUGA